AGCUUUUCACGGUACAAAGCAAAAAAUGGCAAUUCCCCCAUCAGCAGAUCGCUAGCUCCAUCGAUCUACCACAGAACAAUAGAUUUCGCUAUUUUACAGAUUUGGUGCUUCAGUAGAAGACAUUUGCAUCACUUUUCUGCUUUUCUCUCGAUAUUUGCUAUUGGCUAGUAUCCUGGGUCACUUCAGUACUUAUGGAUAGGGAAGCUCAAGGUUCCAACGAGGUUGAGAAGUCUUUAUCAGAUGAGGAUAUAAUGAGUCAUGACUUGGAAGACAUCCUAGAUAUUCACGGUACAGAGCUAGAUUCGUGGAGAAGUAUCAUGGAAAAUUGGCAAAGACAAAGAAAUAUGUGUGUUGUUCAACUCAUUUGCUAUGUUGUAUACACGCUGCAUUUAUUGAACAAUCAUAUGCGCGUGGAGACAACUUUGAGUCAACCUCUUGUGCUUCGAGAGGCAAAGAGAAAAAUCUUAAUGAAGGACUUACGUGACCAUGAAGCAACUUGUCGGGCCACAUUGCGUAUGGGAAUAGAUGCUUUUGAUAUUUUCUGUCAAAAGUUACGAUUGACUGGCGUUUUGAAGGAUUAUAAUCGUGCCACAGUUGAGGAGCAAGUAGCAAGAUUUUUUGCUAUUCUUUCACAAACUGGUGGAAAGUAUCGUAAUCUGGCACUAUAUUAUCACCGAAGUAUUGGAACAAUUAGUUAUCAUUUUCACAAUGUCUUGAGAGCUGUGAUAAGUCUAGCGCCAGAAUUUUUGAGCCAACCCAAUGCUGCAACACCAGUUCCAUCCAAAAUCAAAGACAACCAUAGAUUCUUUCCCUACUUCAAGUUCACAUAUGUGUUAGCUGGAUGGGAAGGAACUGCUUCCGAUUCAAGAAUUAUCAAAAAUGCAUUUGCUAGACCACAUGGGCUCGUAAUUCCAGAAGGAAAAUACUAUCUCGGAGAUGGUGGACUUAUGUUACGUGGAUCAUUAUUGACACCAUAUAGGCAUGUCCGUUACCACUUAAAGGAAUCUUCUCUGGAUGGUACUAAGAAUGCUAAAGAAUUGUUUAAUCAUCGACAUGCUUCUUUACGAAAGAGCAUUGACCGAGCAUUUGGGGUGGUGACAAAGAGAUUUCCUAUUAUUAGUACUGGAAGUGAACCUCAGUAUUCAUUUGACACAACGACCGAUAUUAUCUUGCCUUGUUGCAUCAUCCACAAUUUUCUUAUGGGGGUAGAUCCGGAUGAGGCAUUGAUAGCAGAAGUUGACAAAGAGUUAGCGGCACAAUCGGGGCAUAAUGAUACACAAUGUGAAGAAGAAUCAAGAGCUGGAAUAGAACUACGCGACAAUAUAGCAGAACAAAUGUGGCUUGAUUACGAGAAGUGAAUCAGAUGUGGUUUUAUUUUGUUACUAUUGUUGUUAGUGCUCGAUCUAGAUGGUAUUAUUGUGUUUAUUAUUCUUGUUUACAUGACAAAUGUGGUUUCAUGUUGCACUUUUAUGUUAUGUAUAAAUGUUACAGCUAACAUAAUGUGUUUUCAUAGGUAAAAUGAUGCCUAAGAAGGGAAAGGAAGUGGCUGAUGGACCGACCAGGGAGAAUGUUGUUUGGACGGAAGAAAUGGAUAAUGAGUUGCUGGAUUGCGUACUUACUGAGCAGCGUAAGGGAAAUAGACAGGAGGGGCAGUUCACCACGCAUGCUUUGACUAAUGUCGUAUACGCAUUGCGGACUAAGUUCCCCAGCAUAAGACUUGACAAGGACAAGGUUAAGAAUAGACAAAGGACAUUAAAAAAACACUUUGCAGAUGUUAAAGACCUCUUCCAUAACAUGAGUGGGUUUGCGUGGAAUCCUGAAACCAAGCUUUUUGAAGCUGAACGUGAAGUGUGGGAGCGUCUAUGUGAGGAAAAGCCAAAUGCUAAGCAAUGGAUCAGGAAACCAAUUAACAACUAUGAUAAGUUGUUCGAGUUAUAUGGUGAACAUAGAGCAAUGGGAAAUGGAGCUAGCAGUGCUUUUGAGAGACUUGACACUUGGAAUAUGCAGAAUCCAACAUCUGACAUUAACUUGGUCGAUCUUUCUGAAAACCCGGAGGAUGCAGACGAUGAAGGUGCUAAUGUAUUUACUCCUACAAGCAUGCACACAUUUAGUUCUGAAGGUAAAAAGAUGCCUAAGAAGGGAAAGGAAGUGGCUGAUGGGCCAACUAGGGAGAAUGUUCAUUGGACGGAAGAAAUGGAUAAUGAGUUGUUGGAUUGCUUACUUACUGAGCAGCGCAAGGGAAAUAGACAGGAGGGACAGCUCACCGCACAUGCUUUGACCAAUGUCGUUUAUGCAUUGCUGACUAAGUUCCCGAACAUAAGACUUGACAAGGACAAGGUUAAGAAUAGACAAAAGACAUUUAAAAAACACUUUGCAGAUGUUAAAGACCUCUUCCAUAACAUGAGUGGGUUUGCGUGGAAUCCUGAAACCAAGCUUUUUGAAGCCGAACGUGAAGUGUGGGAGCGUCUAUGUGAGGAAAAGCCAAAUGCUAAGCAAUGGAUCAGGAAACCAAUUAACAACUAUGAUAAGUUGUUUGAGCUAUAUGGUGAACAUAAAGCAAUGGGAAAUGGAGGUGCCAGUGCGUUUGAGAAACUUGACCGUUGGAAUAUGCGGGCUCCAACAUCUGACAUCAACUUGGCUGAUCUUCCUGAAAACCUGGAGGAUGUAGAUGAUGAAGUUACUACUACUUUUACUCCUACAGGCACGCAUGCAUUUAGUCCUGAAGGUAUGCCUACUAUUAGCUCUGAGCGUUCACCAUCAAUUAACUCCCAAGGCACUUCAUCGAGAGGAAUUAAAAGGAAAGCUCCUAUGGGAAAUUUGAUGCUUGAUAAAAUUGAUGAAAUGAGAACUAAUAUUGCGAGCAUGGUUCAAGCAAUUGAGCAGGGGAAUUUGAUUGCUGAACGCUCCGCACGAGCGUUGGAGAAAGGCAACGAGAUUAAGGAAAAUUCACUGAUGAUUCUUGAACAUCAAAAGGCUCAUGUUUAUAAGGAGGCAGAAAUUUAUGCUGAACUGAUUCGCCUUAAUGUUCCCCAGCAUAAGGUGAUGCUAGCUUACAGGAACUUUGCAAGAAGCCCGGAAAACACAAGACUUUUGUUUGGCUUACCAGAGGAUAGGCGACUUCAAUUUGUGGAGAUGGCACUUCUCUGGAGCACUAAUAUGUGAAGUGAACUUCAAGUUCAAUUUCAUUUUGGUCAUCAUCUUAAGUACUAGAUGAUAGUAUGAGAACAUCGGAUGUAGCUGUAAAUUGUAAUUUGGUUAUGUUUGUUUUCCAAUCGAUAUUGCUAUUAGUAGGCCUUUUGGGGUUAACUAGUUAACAAUUGUAUAACCGACUAACUGGUUAGAAUAUAAUCGUUAAUCGAACUGAUUUGUAGCUCUAAGG